UUUUCUAGAAUUUGAGUUAGCAUAUUCUGGUGACUGGAAUUGCAUUUUUAUAAGAAUCAGAUUAAAGCUAAUACAGAUUAGUAUAGGAUUAUACAUUACAGAUUUUACAUAUUUGACUUGUUGGUUGCCUCUUACAGUUCAUUAAAUUCAUAUUUAUUCUAGAGAAAAAUUGACACGCCAAGCAAACUCUUGAGAGUGAAAAGAAAGAGGAAGAUGAUCAGUCCAAGCCCUGUGGCGAAUAGCUUCUUUAAGAAAAGAAAAGCAUCUUAAUAUCUUCAAGAAGAAUGAAAAGGUCAAUGUAAGAGUUGCUUUCAUAUUAUUACUUAUUUUACGGAUUAAUUAGUCUCGCGACCUCUCCUGGCAAUGAUUCAGACUUUUAAUAUUCCCAUAGGCCUAAAACCUCAAGAGUUAGAAGUGAAAGCAUUCAAAGGGAUACAAGAUCACAAAGAGAGGCUAUCGUCCCCAAGACUACUCUCUCCCAACACCGAUAUCAGCCAGAACCAGCUUAGAUAUUUAACAAUUAUCCAGAAAGCCCACCGCCUCAGCAACCAGACUUCGACUGGGUUCAACUCUCCGACUGUGCUGAGCAGGAUGCUGUCCAGGAACCAACAUUUCAACCGAGCAGGUGAGUGUCUACUUCAUAGAAUCUCUACCUCGUCAACAUUGCCAUCUCUGACAUGCUCUAGGUGCGAGAAUGUCCAGCCCUGCAAUGACUGCAGACACGACCCAUGACUUUGCCUCGACAGCUGGACUCAAGGCUUUCUCACCAGAGAAGAGCCGUCGACCUGCUGACAAGAAAAUAUUUAAUUUUAGAAAACAGGAUUUGUAAGCAGAGUAUUCUGGAAGAAUAAGAUUUCUGAUUUCUGGU